UCCCCCCCCCCCAGGUGGCAGGUUCUGGCCCCGGGUCCGAGCCUGCGCCCCUACAUCUGCCACUGCCGUCGUCGCCGCCAGGGGGAGAGUCCCAGAGGGAAAACGUGGCGUGGCUUCCUUGGUGUGAAGGUGCCUUCAAAUUUUAGGUUUCUACGCCUUUAGCCCGUCUUUGAAGAGCGAAGGGGAAGAUGGAGACCGAGUCCGGGGCGCAAACAUCAAAUCAGACGCAAACAGAUUCAUUAUCUCCAUCCCCUAAUCCUGUGUCACCUGUGCCUCUGAAUAACCCAACAAGUGCCCCAAGAUAUGGAACUGUGAUCCCUAAUCGCAUCUUUGUAGGAGGAAUUGACUUUAAGACAAAUGAAAAUGAUUUAAGAAAAUUUUUUUCCCAGUAUGGAUCUGUAAAAGAAGUAAAGAUUGUAAAUGACAGAGCUGGAGUGUCCAAAGGGUAUGGUUUUGUCACUUUUGAAACACAAGAAGAUGCACAAAAAAUUUUACAAGAGGCUGAAAAACUUAAUUAUAAAGAUAAGAAACUGAAUAUUGGACCAGCAAUAAGAAAACAACAAGUAGGGAUCCCUCGUUCUAGUGUAAUGCCAGCUGCUGGAACAAUGUAUCUAACAACUUCAACUGGAUAUCCUUACACUUACCAUAAUGGUGUUGCAUAUUUUCAUACUCCAGAGGUAACUUCUGUCCCACCACCUUGGCCUUCACGUUCUAUAUCUAGUUCUCCUGUGAUGGUAGCUCAGCCAGUUUAUCAUCAACCUGCAUAUCACUACCAGGCCCCAGCACAGUGUCUACCAGGACAGUGGCAGUGGGGUGUUCCUCAGUCUCCUGCCUCUUCUACUCCAUUCUUAUACCUCCAACCUUCUGAAGUUAUUUAUCAACCAGUGGAAAUUGCACAAGAUGCUGGAUGUGUUCCUCCUCCACUGUCUCUCAUGGAAGCUUCAGUUCCAGAGCCUUAUUCUGAUCAUGGAGUUCAAGCAACAUAUCACCAGGUUUAUGCUCCAAGUGCCAUUGCUAUGCCUACGCCUGUGAUGCAGCCUGAACCAAUUAAAACAGUGUGGAGCAUUCAUUAUUAAGACAAUUGGGCAGCUCUAGUCCAGCUCAACUGAUUUCUUGUCCAAUGAUCCUUGUGUGACCAAGAUCCAGCUUCAAGGAACCGGCUAGAAGCUGCCCGUUGUGAAACUUAGGGUUAGUUAAUAACUCACAAUACUUUUUUAUUCCACUAUAAGCUGUCUAAAUUUGAUGAAAUUUGCUUUUUCAGCUGUUUUAAGAAAUUAUUUAGGUAGAUGUGGUAUGUUUUUUAUGUGUUAAUCUAACUGUAGUGACAUUUUCUACAUGUUUUAUCCAUUCAUAAAUAAUAACCACAUUGGGAAUAGUGAGGUGUCUUUCAUUUUCUCUGCUUUGUGUUAUUUUUCUUCUCAGUCUUUUAGAUACUAUAUUCCAUAUCCUUUUAUAUUUAUUUUAAUUAGGAUAAGAACCAUUUCUAAUUCUAAUAGAAUUCUAAUACUUCCAUAACUUUAGAACAUAGUAUAUUAUUUAGCCUUUAUGAUUUAGUCUUAUUACUUUGAUAUUUUGUAAUUUAAUAUGCUUUCAUCUAAUUUUUUAUUUGUUACUGCUACUUCUUAUUUAACUUUGCUUCCACUGUGGUUUUCAGAAUUUAAAUAGUAUUUAUACUUCUUUUAUUAUAACAUCUUCUAAAUAUUAGAAAUAUUACCAACAUGGUCAAUAUUCUUGGCUUUUCAUGUGAUUAACUGUAUUAAAUUUUUCUCUAAGGUUUGAGAAAAUACUAUAACCCUCCUAUAACAUCAUCCAUUUGAUAACAAAUUUUACAUAAUAUAGAUUUACAUCAUAGAAUUUUGAGAAAAGAAGGGCUACCUCUAACAUGAUCCUGUAACAUUGACUGACAGUCCACUAUAUUAAUGUUCUUAGAAUGCUUUAAUCUUGUUACCACCUUAUUUUUUACCAAUAUAUCUAUGUGAUUAACUUUUAAAAAGAUAAUUAAAUGUUUUCAUAAAAUACAAAAUUAUUUCUUGCACUAAAGGAAAACUUUAGGUUCUGACUCUAAAGCCAAUUCAUAAUAUAAAAUUGGAAUUGGAGCGAGGGGUAGUUGUUGAAAAGACACAGAACACAUCAUAAGCAUUUUUAAUUACUAAAAUUUCUGUAGUACUACAAGAAAUGUCCCUUUUAUUUUCAUUUACAGUUCUUUCAUUGACCCCUAAUUUUAGAAAAGAAAGAGGAAAGACUAAAUAUUGGCAUGACCCUAAUAAUUUAACUCUUCCCUGUCCUAUUCCAACCCUAAAUGUUUUCCAUGCUCAGCAGCAGCAGCAGAAAUGACAGGACAUAAACCCUAAAGUUCUUUCCCAGUGAGUCAAAUAGAGUGUUUUUUUUUUUUUUUUUGAAACCAUAAUGAAUAUAUUUGCCAAUCAAAUGGUUUCAUGAGAAUAGUAAGACCCUAUGAAUGUAUACUAGCAUACAAGGAUCUCAUGUACAUUAAUUACCCUCAGUUUUAGAAAUGUAAAUAGACUAAUAAGUCCCAUAAUGAAAUUUUGAAAGUUUUUGUUCUGUAAGUAAAAAUAUUAUUAAACACUGAUGUUAGAGAUUUUCUUUUAAUAGCACUCUCCUUAAGAACAAAAAAGUUAAUGUUUUGAUUUUCAAAAUGUUAAACAUGAUGCUAAACAAAUCCUGGACUGUUAAUAAAAAAAUAAUAAUGUAUUAUUGG